ACACACAAAGCUUUAUUGAACUAUGAAAGACACUCAAUCAGGACAGUUCAUGGCACUUCGCAGCUCCCACACAGCUUUAUAGGGACAACAAUAUGCUCACGAGGACUCAGCGGGACUUUGGCUGUGGGUCUCGACCUCAGUACAGCUCCCACACAGCUUUAUAGGAACAACAUCAGCCUCACAGGGACUCAACUGGACUUUGGCUGUAGGGCAUGGCUUCAGCACAGCUCCCACACAGCUUUCUAGGGACAAUAACAUGCUCACGGGGACUCAGCGGGACUUUGGCUGUGGGGUCUGGUCUCAGCACAGCUCCCACACAGCUUUCUAGGGACAACAACCUGCUCACGGGGGCUCAGCGGGAUUUUGGCUGUGGGGCCUGACCUCAGCACAGCUCCCACACAGCUUUAUAG